AUGGACAAGGCAAUAAGAAAACGCCAUAUUCUUUCAUUAUACAGAAGCAUUCUCAGGGAAUCAUCACGAUUCUUUGAUGAUUAUGCGAAGCAAUUCUUAAAGAAAAGGGCAAGAAAGAGAUUCAGAGAAUAUAAAGAGGAAACCAAUGAAACUAGAAUUAAAUAUAAAUUAAUUGAAGCAAAGCAGUCCUUAAAUCGACUAAAGAGAGCUAAUAUAUUUGAUCCUAAAUCAGUAAAACGUAUUUUGGAAUUUGCAUAUGGAAGAAGGGGACAAAUGAGACAUAAAUUGCUCAAGCCAAUCAUUGAUGAACCAAGUCCAGCUCCCAAACCUAUAGUUAAAGGAUAUCCUCGAACUGCACCUCCUCGAAUGUCACCAUCUUUAAAAACUUUAAUAACCACACAAGGGAAAUCAUUAUAUCCUGUAUUACCUGUACCUCCUCAUAAACCAUUAUAUCCUUCUCGAAAAGCAAAUUUAUUAUGGUGGCAUUAUUCAAAAAAUAUGAGAACAGUAAUGCCACCAGUUGAUGAUAAAUUAUUUGAAGAAAUUGAAAAAAAGGCGGGAAAAGGUAUAUUGACACCAGAAGGAAUUGGAUGUCGCAUGCCUAUCCCUUCAACAAUUAAAAGUGAUAAUAAUAAUAAAAAAGUAAAUCAUAAAGUGCAAAAAGUGAAUUAUCAUCCUUUAAAUACUCGAAUCCUUAAAUUUAAUACAAAGGAACCUCCCUACAAUACUGCUAAACCACACAACCCUAGACCUCGUUUUAUACGUAGAAUGUUUCAAAGACUCUUAGUUCAUAUUCCAAUAUUAAAAGAGUCAUCAUCUUCUGAAGAUGAUAAGAAAAGUUCAAAUACAGAACAAUAUCUUGAGAAAAAUUAUAUUAUUAAAAAAUCACCUUGGGCAGCGGGACGCCCGACUCCAUUAGUAAAUCAAAAUGAUUGGAAAGGAUUAAAUGUUGAAGAAGUAAAGAAUCUUCGAACUAGUAAAAAAGUUUUAAAAAAUCCACAAUUAAUUGUACCACACAUGAUUGUAAAUGAUAUUCGUGAUAUAAAUUUUGAAAUAUUAAAAAAUAAAGGGAUCCAAGUAUUAGCUUUUGAUAAAGAUAAUACUCUCACCGCACCUUAUUCAAAUAAGUUACAUGAGCAAUUUGAGAAUGCAUGGAAAGAAUGUCAAAGACAAUUUGGUAAAGAGAAUAUAAUAAUUAUAUCAAAUUCUAUUGGAACAGAUGAUGAUCUUGAAUAUCGAAGUGCACAAAAGGUAGAAAAUUCUUUAGGUGUCUCUGUAUUAAGACAUAAAUAUAAGAAACCUAAUGGAGGAACUGAACUUAUCACUCAUUUUGCUUCACUUCCUCCAGCCAAAAUCGCUGUUAUUGGUGAUCGUCUGCUAACCGAUAUUUUAUUUGGAAAUAUGAAUGGAAUGUUUACAAUAUUCACUAAACAAAUAAUUACAGAAAAAGGUGAUAAUAAGAUGGCUGCUAUGAUUAGAAGAUUUGAAUAUCGAAUAUUAGAUUAUUUGAAAGAUCGAGGAGUCAAACCUCCACCACAUCCUUUGCAUUAA